AUGGCACAUCCGUCAAAUCCACGACUAAUGAAUCGUGUUCUUGACGCGGUAAUGCGUCUGUGCGAGGGCAAAGGCUCGACUGCUCGAGACGUCCUUGAUUUUCUACAACAGACGUCGAAAAGUACCCAGAGAAACCUGACGAUGCAGGUUCGUCGGGCGUUGAAGCAUGCGGUAAACGCUGGUCUUCUGCGGCACAGAAGUGGUCGUUACAAGGCGUUGUUCACAUUGAAGCCGGCGCCGGUUAAGCUGUCCACGGACGAGGCUAACGAUGAGAACUCGAUCGAACGACCGUCCGGCGGACACAACGCGGACCAGCCGUCUAGGAAAGUCAGCUCGGAUCGCAAAGACAAGAGUAGGGGGAAACGUAAGACGCAGCGCAACGAGAGAAAACGCAAACGCAGCCGCGGUCGUCCGAGGAAACGAAGGCGCCAAAGUGAUUCAAGCAGAAGCGACAGUCCGAUGGAACGCAUGGAGACGAUACAGAAGUUCAAGUACAAAGAGGAAAAGUAUCGAUUACCGCGACGCAAGGUGUCCGACAGCAAGAUGAAAGCCUACAUCGAAAACACAGGGCCGUUUUCUAACCGUAACACAGCCAAGACGAAGGUAAGAGACGAGGAGUCCUAUUCAAAUAACUCGGAUAGCGACUAUGAAGAUAGAAGAUCUAAAGUGAAUAAAAGAGCAACGGCGCGUCAGGAAUGUAAGCACAACGAGAGCGGUAAGGCGAGCAGAAGAUCAGCGUCUCGAAAUCGUAGCCCGCAGAGGCAACAGUCGCAACAGCUGCAACCGAAACGUUCGCGUAACGACAUGAAAAGUAGUAAACCAGAUUCUGACGAUCGCAGAGACGACGAUCGCAAUGAUUCGCCCGUUCAAGAGAAGGGCCAUGAGCCUAACAACAGUGGUAGCGGUAGCACCUUAUGA